AUGAUGCUGAGAUGGGUAUGUCUGGCAUUGUUUUGUGGAUAUGCUUGUGGAGCAGCAGCUGAUCUAUUUUUGAGGCCUCAUAUUCAAACACCACAAGCUGCAAAGGAGAACGUCCAUUGCGUAGGCGAGGUCACCCAAAAGUGCGGAUCCGGCUAUUGCUACGAUGCGGUAAAUCGGAAAGAUAAUCGCAUCACAUCUGGUUGUGCCUCUAUCGAAAUGUGUACCAAAUCUGAAUGCAAACUUUUCGAAUCUCAGUACAUCUGUUGCUGUACCGGAACUGUAUGCAAUGGCAAAACCGCAAGCCUUUUACGAUCCCGUAUGGCCAUCGAACUGGAACGCCGACCAAAACCCCACGUCCUCAAGAUUGACAAAAUGGCUCGUCUUUCGCCGCGUCUUGCCCCAAGAGAUGUUCGUGAAACCGAUGGAAAAGCCUCGGCUGAAGGAAAAAGUGAAGAGCUUGUAAAGAUAGCCAGUAUCGAAGACUUACCAAAAUACACGCCUGAACUCGCCAAAAAAGAAGUCCGAUCCUCAAGCCAGCGUCUUGAUGAAAAAACCACUACCAGUCCGGUCGAAGCAAAGAAAACCGGAACUACCGCUCAACCAUCAACUACCACUUCUCAACCAGAGAUACCUGAGCCGAGUACGCGUUUUGAGGAGCCGGUUGUUCUGAAAGAGGUUGCCGCACCAUUGGAAGCGCUAAUGCCGGAAAAGAAGACUACUCUAACUGCUCUGGAACAGCAGGCAAUUACAGAAGGUCCGUUGGGAGGGGUCGUGAUUCAGGAGGAGAAAGCAACAACCCUAAAGGAUGAUUCUGUCGUAGCCGGUGUGAAGAUUACCCCAGAACAACCAGCACUGCCUAUGGUCAAGGCGGAACCGAUAAUCAAGGAAGAACCACCAAAGCCACAAGAAGAUCGCGAAAAAGUGCCCGAAUUCGGUGUUGGAGCCGCAGCUGAUGAAUCUGCCACCUCGGAAGAGCAAAAUGCCGGGGAAUCGCUUGGAAAAUCUGGAGAGGAGGAGAAGGAAGAUGAAGAGGAGGAUCGGGGUUCAAAACCAAAGCGAACAACGGCAUCUGGUCAAAUCGAUAAGGCCGAUUCAAGCUCGAACCUCUGGUACAUCGUGGGAGGCGUGGGAAUCGUGCUGAUAGUGGUUGGAAUCAUCGGCCUCGUGGUUACGCGAAAUCGCUCACGCAAGCAGCCACAGCGACGACCGAAAAACCAGGAUCUACCUCUCGUCGAUCCUCUUCUCCAUUCCCCACGAGACAAAGUUCCAAACGAAACCGCAGCACAACCU